CCACAACAACAUGCUCAUUCAUUCGUGACACUAACGCUAUAUCAAAUCAACUAUCACUCACAAUUUAUGCUUAGUUCAUGUGAUAAAGAUCACAUAAAGAGUUCAUAUAUUAUUAAAAACAUACUCCUACAUUUAUUAUUCAUUAUUUUAACCAACCAAUUGCAAUAUUCUUAACUUUGGUUUUAUCAUGAGUUUCUGUUGUGAGUUUCAAGGUUGCAACAAUGAAACCAAUGUUUCAGCUGUUAUUUUUGACUUAGAUGGCACACUUUUGGAUACUGAAAGGGCUACAAGGGGUGUGUUGAAUGAGUUUUUGGGAAAGUAUGGGAAGGAAUUGAAUAAGGAAAGGGAAGAAAAGAAGAGACUAGGGAUGACACAGAAGGAUUCAGCUGCUUUAAUAGUUAAGGACUAUCAACUUCCAUUAACAUCUGACCAAUUUAUCAAAGAAAUUAACCCUCUCUAUAGGGAAAGGUGGAGAGAAGUCAAAGCAUUGCCUGGAGCUAAUCGAAUUAUCAAACAUUUCGCGAAAAAUGGAGUGCCAAUGGCUCUUGCUUCAAACUCCUUGAAAGAAUACAUAUAUGCAAAAAUUUCUCAGCAUAAAGGUUGGACAGAAAGCUUCUCAGUAAUUCUAGGACAUGACCAGGUUAAAUUUGGGAAGCCUGCUCCAGAUUUAUAUGAAGAAGCUGCCAAGAGAUUGGAGGUACAUGCAGCUAACUGCCUAGUGAUAGAGGAUUCCUUGGUUGGUGUCAAAGCAGCUAAUGCUGCAAAAAUAAAGGUAGUCGCAGUACCGUCUCGUGGCGAAUCUGAUUGUUCUAAACUGGCAAAUGUUACUCUUAAUUCACUUUUAGAGUUUCAACCUGAGCUAUGGGGACUUCCACCUUUUGAUGAUUGGGUAGAUAACACAUUGCCUAUUGAGCCAAUUCAUCUGAAUGGCUUGUAUGUUAAUGGAUCUCUCCUUGGAACCACAGAGAAUGCAACAUUUGCAAUUCCUGAUCAAGUUGUUGGACUUUACUUUGGUUGGGCCAAAUUUGAUUCAGAUAAGAACUUCAAGAUAUUGGUUAGCAUUCAUUUGGAUUUCUCAAGUGUUGCCUACAAGAAAAUAGAUGUUUGGCUUAUCGAUGCAAACACUGACCUUACAUCCGAUCAAAAUAAGAUGCAAAUCUGUCUUGUUGGUUACAUAAGAGCAUGGGAUAACAAGCUGCAUGAACAGAAACUUGGGCCAAUGGAAAGGAAGAAACUUGAAGAGUACAAGUCCAUUGCAAGAGCUUCACUAGAUUUGCCAUUAUUUAGUAAUUUUUGCUAGAAAAAGCUUAGCAUGGAGGACACAAUCAAGUGAACUAAUUACAAUUUGGAAGAUGGAGUAAUUAUGUAAUUUUUUGCACUUUUCAUAAUAAUAGGUGUACCUAUUUCUAUAGCAUGAAGCAUUGCCUUUAAAUUUGUAACUUCCUGAUGCAAAUUAGAUAAGAAAAUAGCAAGAUCAUUUCCAUCAAAUAAUUCAUGUGUAUGGACCUUUGAUCAAAUGUACGCAACUUGUAGCGUUGAUUUCGAUAUUAAACUCGUCAAGAACAGAGAAUACGAAUAAUG